UCGUCAAUUUUGUUUUUAUAAAACAGUGAGUGAUGUGCUUUUAGAAAAUAUCUUUUCUAGUAAAAUGUUGCGUAUUCUCGCUUCCGCAGCUGUCCGCCAGUUUGCAUGCACACAACAGCUGAGUAGGCUAGCAUUAAAGCCAAAUCUCGGAGUUCCAUCAUUGACCAGCAAAUUUUCCACACUCCAAACGGUGGUAACCCACCCAACUUUGAUCGUAAAGAGCUCUCCUUCAGGAGGAUUGCUGACCAACCCCGCGUUAUUAAAUGUGGCCACUUCAAUUGGACGCAGCUGCCAACAGCAGCCAUGCCGCACGGUCACCAAAUUUUCAAUGGGUAAAGGCACGAGGAAGAGUGUAAAAGCGGUGAUUAAGCGCUUUAAACGCCUAGACUGGGGCGGUUGGAUAAGAACGAUAGCAGGGCGGAAAAAACGUAUGUGGAAGAAAUCGGCAGGCCGUAAGCGGCGUGUCAAGCAGCACGUCCUUGUUAACUCCCAGCAGGCAACGCUGCUGGAUAAGAUGGUCACCAAGUACUGGAAGCGUCCCAGGUAUUACGUUAAUGAUAUUUACACGCCGUACCACACCCGGGAGGAAUUCCGCGAGACUAGGAGAAAACCGUUGCGCUACUGAUUGCGAUAGAAAAGAGUAGUCGAAUGUUGAUAAACUCAAUAAAGCUUUAUU